AAGGAUCAGUCUGAGUUGGAAAUCGGAGAUCCGACUCCGAGCCGGCCCUGACGCCCUGACUGACGCAUAUUUACUCCCUCCUCUUUCCUCCCUACUUCGGGGACCUACAACCUACAGCGGCUACAACGCAUUUUUUCCCGGUCUGCUUAGUCAAUCGUGAUUCUCUCGAUUGCAUCGAAGAAAUACGGUGCUUAAUUGUAGUAAAAAAUGGUCGCCGGACGUGCGUUGCAUUUUGUAUUCAAGAUACCGGAUCGCGGAUUAACAGCCAAGUUUUACCGUGAGAUUCUCGGGAUGAAGGUGCUCAGGCACGAAGAAUUCACGGACGGAUGCGAGGCCGCGUGUAACGGACCAUACGCGAAUCGUUGGAGCAAAACGAUGAUAGGGUAUGGCCCGGAAGACACACAUUUUGUGAUUGAGUUGACGUAUAACUAUGGGAUUAAAGAAUAUGAAACUGGAAACGACUUUAAAGCUGUCACCAUACAUUCGAAAGACGCGAUUGAAAGAGCACGCGCGAAAGGCUGGCCGAUGCACGAAGAAGAUGGAAAGUUUGUGAUGCAGGCACCUGGUGGAUAUAAAUAUCACAUUAUUAACGAACAACCUCCUGCUAACAGCGAUCCAGUUGAGAAAGUUACUUUAUCUAGCUCCAAUCUUGAACGUACCAUUGCCUAUUGGAAAGAUAUUUUGGGAUUAAAGAUAUUCGACAGGAAAGACAAAAGCGUGCUGAUGGGCUAUGGCAAAGAUCAAGCCAAAUUAGAAUUUGAAGAUAUUGGCACUGAAGUUAAUCACGCAAAAGCAUAUGGACGUAUCGCUUUCUCAAUACCGUAUUCGGAGCAACCCACAAUCCAAAAAGCUAUUAAAGAAAGUGGAAAUAAAAUUUUGACUGAUCUGAUAACUUUGGAUACACCGGGAAAAGCUUCUGUAAGAGUUAUCAUUCUUGCUGAUCCAGAUGGGCACGAGAUCUGUUUCGUGGACGAUGAAGGAUUUAGACAACUCUCCGUUCCAGAUUAUCCAAGUGAAGCAAUUUUAGAUAAAUAUAUUAAAAAGGAAGCAGCAGAUAAAUUGGCGUGAAAAUUUACCACGGUGCGGUCUCGCUUCGCGAGACACUACCGUGUCUUUUGAUCUGUUAUUGAAGUAUUAUUUGCAAUUUAAUAAUAUUAAGUGUAGACAUUCAUGGUGGUGGAAUGCUAAUUGUAAAAAAAGAUUAAUACUUAAGCAAUGUUGAAGACAUCAAAGUAAAAAUAUGUAAAUAUACAAAUAAAA